AUGGAUAAGGGACAACUGCAAGAACGAGCACUGCCCGCCAGGCUACUUGAGAUCAGUGGCACGAAGCAAGACAAAAGGAUUCGUCUGGUCGAAACAUGUGAUAUGAACGGAGAGACUGUCAAGUACGCAGCAUUAAGUUAUUGCUGGGGCACAGCUGGCUUCAUCAAGACUACAGAAGGCUGUUAUUGUCCCGAGCAUGCUCACCAGGACACCUGCGAGGACCUCAAAAAUAUUCCCUGGUCGAACUACCUCCACGCCAUCCAUUGGUCCAAUUUGCCACAAGGCUUUCAAGACGCCAUAGAACUCUGCUGGGAAGCCGAAAUCCGGUACCUAUGGAUCGACUCUUUGUGCAUUGUGCAGGGCAAUCAGCAGGACUGGAAUAGAGAGUCUGCUCGCAUGAAAGACAUAUACAUGGGGGCUUUCUUGACUAUCGUCUUGGCUUCAACGAAGUCUCCUCUCGAAGGCGCUCUGAAGGCACGCAGAGAAUUCACACAACCUAUCCGUGUACCCUUGAGCCGAAAUGGGGCAAAUUUGGGCUCUUAUCUUAUCGAACCGACGAUGUACACAAGUGACAUAUUCGAAAUCGAAUCUCCAGUUACAAAGCCUUGGAAACAUGCCAACAAAGCCAUCUACGAUUCCAGGUGGAGAGCCCGCGGUUGGACAUUCCAAGAGAGCUACCUUCCGGCACGCAAAAUCUACAUCUGUGAAGGCCGGAUACAUUUUUCGUGCAAGACACACUCUCGCCUCGAAGGCUUGUCUGGCGAAUUCCCUCCUCUGGACCGGUUUGCGGACGGCGAUGAGGACGAGCACGACAACCAAGGGUACCUCCAAUGGUACACAUGGGUUCAACACUACACCCAGAGAGAACUUACCGAGCCCCUCGACAAACUUCCCGCAAUCUCGGCUUUGGCCAGCAGAAAAGGGCGAACGAGCAACGACCGCUACCUCGCAGGCAUCUGGGAAAACGACCUCGAAGCAGGACUAUUAUGGCACCGUCGGGCUUUCAAGUACGGGGAAGCUUCGUCGACCGCAAACCCGUUGCACCGCUCCCCCGUCUAUCGUGCGCCGUCCUGGUCGUGGUCGGCGUACGACGGGCCCGUUACCUUUCUGGCCCAGUAUUUCUCGUUUAGCGCCGAUUCUAAGAGCGAGAUCGAUCUACUCGAGGCGAGUUGCCCGCGAGCAAAUCCGGAUGACCCAUACGGUCGUCUUGCGAACCCGGAAAAGGCCAAAGUGCAUGAUGGCAGAGCGUAUUUGAGGUUGCGGGCGAAAGUGGUUCCGGUGAUGGUCCAGAAGAAAGCGAGGUCUCAUUCAGGGGGCCGGAGGGACUUUGAUCAAGAUGCUGCUGUGAGAUCGGAUCAGACGGGUUUUCAGGCCUACAGUGGGAUAGACUGCCGAGAGGAGUGGGAGUACGAUGAGUGGAAGCAUGCCACUGUUUUGUUGGUCUAUACAACUGAACGCUUCGGGAAAAGACUGAGAGUUGGACUGCUUCUGCGUAAGGUUGAUUCAGAAAGCAAGGAAACAGAGUACGAACGGGUUGGUUUAUUCUAUGAUAAUGAGGAUGAAGACAACUUUGGCUUCGAUCAGCAAGAACGUCAAGAGAUAUGCCUUGUGUAG